CCACAUACAUAAAAUAAAAACGUUCGCUUAAGUUCACACACACAACUAGGUGCAGCUUGCUCUAACCAAUUGACUUGGUCUUUCCGUUCAUACAUUUUCUCCCUACCAAAAUGCCCGCCCAAAAGUCCACCAACGGUGCUACUAAAAUUCGCAGUGCCAAAGUGACCCCCGACUCCACGGUUCCCUCGUCACCCGCUCCUUCUAAAACCGACCUUAGUGGGCCUCUGGUGACCAGCUCUGGAAAGCCAGACAAGGCCGCAUAUGAUGCAGAGCAAGAGAGAAUCAGAACGGAAAUCGAUGGUUUGCAGACUAAACUUGCUGCCGUCCGGGAAAAAAUAUCUUCGGGGAACAAAUCUGGUGCUGGAAACGAUAAACGCGCAGCUCUUAAGGCUGAAUUGGAUAGCAUACGUGGUCAACAGUCAUCCAAUAAAUUAAACCGAAGCAAGACACAUGAGCAGCUCAAAACCAUUCAAGAGGGUAUCCAGAAAAAGAUCAAGGACCUGCAGGCUGCUCGUGGCAAGACACCAUUCAAAACCACAGCAGAUGUCGACGCUCAUAUUAGUCACUUGGAAACGCAAGUGGAGUCUGGUAGCAUGAAAGUUGUGGAUGAAAAGCGCGCCCUUCAGGAGAUCAGCCAGGCUCGACGGACACGUAGAAUUGUCGAAAAGUUCCAGGCAGACCAAGAGUCGAUUGAAGCCGACCGCAGAGAAGCCGACCGAUUGAAGGAGCUGCUUGAUGACCCGGAGUCCAAAGAAAUAUCCGAGCGUUACGAUACCAUCAAAGCUGAACUAGACGGACUCAAAAAGGAAUCCGACGAAGCGUACGCAGGCCGAACCAAGCUUUUUGAAGAGCGAGACGGUAUUCAGGCACAGCUUAACGCUCUUUUCAAUGAGAAACGUGAGGCAGCACAUCGUUUCCGGGAGGCAAAUGACCGGUAUUGGACCAAGGUGAACGAGGACCGUGCUCGACGUCUCGAGAAAGCUCGUGCUCAACGCGAUGCAGAAGAAGCACAGAGGAAGUUGGCAAUCGCCGACGGUCUGCGUGAGGAAGCGUCAAUGCCUGCAUUCCAAACGCAGAUUGAAGAUUGCCAGACUCUCAUUGACUUUUUCUCUGGGAAGUCCUCUGGCAAUGGAGUAUCCUCAUCCUCAUCUGUACCAGCCAAAUCAGAUCUUUCUGGUGUUCCACAGUUGGAGAUUCGACAGGUGGAUGCAGUUGGGGAGACCAUGGUGGCACUGAAAAAGAAAGAUGAAGAAUCAUAUUUUGUCGGGAAAGGGAAGAAAGGAAAGAAAAGCCCCAAAGCCACCUCUCCUGCUGAUACCAGCGCCAUUCAUCUACCCUACGGCCAAUUAUCUGCUCUGCUUUCACUAUCUAUACCGCCUCCGACGGACCAGGCUGAUGUUCCUCGCGCUAUUGAGGACCUGAAGACGAAGAAAGCCUGGUUUGAAGCUAAUCAAGCUCGUCAAACAGCGGAAAACAUAGCUAAAGCCGAGGAGGAGAUCCGACGUCUGACAAAUGGCGCCAAGUCUAACGGGAAACGGAACGUGACCGUAUCCCCACCGAAUGGCAGUAGCGAACCACUAGAAUCCGCUCCCACUCCUUCCGGUAGCGCAACGCCACGGAUUGAUGAUGAUGUUGAUGAGAAGCUUGAAGAGGUUCAGGUUGACGCUGAGGAGAACUGAGUACAGGCUGAGUGGGAACAUCUUUUAUACCUCACACUUAUACUACCAAAUCUGCCUCGUUAUAUCUGCAUAUUAUGUCCGGAGCGGGAAGGAAUCAGUAUUAUUCAACAGAAUGAGGACCUAUACAAUAAAAGUACGA